CUUCCAUGGUGCCAGGGCUGAUUUCCUGGGCUAAGAAACUGAAGAUCUCUUUGGAGCAUUUCUGAGCUCCCAGGAAUUCUUGGGUUAUCACCAGUGCUUCCAGUGUUCAGCACAGCCUUCUUUGAUGGGUAGAGAGUGAAUGAAUGUAUGGGAAAGGCUCAGUAACCUAUUCCUGUCACCCUCUGGAAAAAAGGAGCUAAAAGACCCACCUUUUACGUGGCAAAACUAAGGACAGGGUCACACUGUGAUUAAAUGGCAUCAGAAAUCACCUAUGCUGAGGUGAAGUUCAAAAAUGAAUCGCCAGCUCCAGUGGUCAAAGGACCUCCCGAGACAAAGAAGCCUGAGCAACAUCCCCAGAAAUACCCACUCUGGCUGCCAUGGUUGAUCUCACUGCUGCUUCUCUUGGUGUGCAUUGCCCUUGUUGUUGUCCUCCUUGUGGUUCCCUUCUGCCACAGCAGUGACCAGCCCUCAGCCCUGCAGCAGCAGUUCUCGGAGUGGGAGUGCGACUCAGCGGUGCCACAAGGCACAGACCGAGGCUGGAUGUGCUGCCCAAAGGGCUGGAGAAGGUUUGAAGGAAGCUGCUAUUUCCUGUCCACUGACAUGAUGAAUUGUGCUGAGAGUGCACGGAACUGCACUGGGAUGGGCUCCCACCUGGUGGUGAUCACCAGCGAGGCAGAGCAGAAAUUCCUCACUGAGCUGAAAAAUCAAGAUGUGCCAAGAAUGAAUUUAUACAUUGGUCUGUUUGAGGUUGGUGUCGACCAGUGGCAGUGGGUGGACAAGACUCCCUACAAUGUGAACGCAACGUUCUGGAAAAGCAACGAACCAAGUGAUGGCCAUACUGAGAACUGCACAGUAAUGCAUGUGCCUGAAGAGACCCUCAACAACUGGAAUGAUGUCGUACCAACUGCGAAGCAUCAUCGAAUUUGUGAAGCUGCCGCAGCAACUGUGUGAUGGAAAUGCUCCUGUCCUGAGUGAAGCUGGGAGCUCAGCAGGGAGCUGGGAACAGCUCUGGCUGUGCUGGGAAGGGUGGGGAGCUCUGACACAUCUUCACUGUGUGGAGUGGGACCAUGUGUGUGGAAAUGAAAUGAGCUUUGUCCAGCAUCCCCAGUGCAUGUGGUGGCUCAGGGAACACAGGGAGGCUCAGGCUCUUUGGAGCAGCUCCUGUGUUCUUGAGUCCUCUUCUCUCCAUGUGGUUCCAGCAGCCUCUGGCUGAAAAGAGAUGGACUUCUCCAGGAGGAAGGCACUGGAAUGGAAGAGAGAUAUUCAGAGAUUCAAUGUCCUCUGUCUCCUUGAGCCGAGCUGUUUGCUUUUUGUUGAGUCACACACAAAAUGUCCUCUAGCUGUACUGGUUUUGCCUAACAAAUUCUGAAAUCUUAGACAAAAGAAAAUACAA